UGCAGGAUGCAGAUCUCUAAAGUUUACCUCUUUAUUGGUCUGACUGUCAGGAUGUUCUCAGCACAGGAGACAGAGUUGCUCCCCAAGUUCACACUGACAGUCCACCCUCAUGACACAGUGUGGGAGGGGGACUCGGUAACCCUGACUUGUCUGUAUGAGACAAACAAUCCAAAGGAGAAAGAACUGACAUACAAGUGGUACAGAGAAUUGACACCUCUGAGUGAAGGAAUUUUACAGAAUCAGUAUAAAAUAAAUUCUGCUCAGCAGAGCCAUACUGGGAAUUACUGGUGUGAGGUGACAAUAAAAAAGAGUAGCACUAAGAAGAAAAAAAGUGAUAAAAUGAAGGUAACAGUGAAAGAAAGGACAUCCACACUUGAUGUGAAGCCAGAACACUCAGAUAGGAGGAUAUUUGAAGGUGAUGAGGUCACCCUGCACUGUCUUGCAGAUGGAAAUCCUGUUGGGUGGACAUACAAGCUGUACAAGGGAACUUACGGGAAUGCUAUUAAAAGACAAAUGGCGAACACCUUCACCUUCAGCCCUGUGACUCUUUCAGACAGUAGUUGGUACUGUUGUCAAGCUGAAAACAGAAUGUUUUACACAAAACCUGGUAAUCGUAUAUCACUACAUGUAUCAGAGCUGUUCACAAAGCCCACACUGACAGUCACCCCUAAGGUCAUCUGGGAGGGAGACACUGUGACACUGAAGUGUCAGUCUGUAGGAUUUCUAGGAGUACAACUUCUAUAUGAAUUCUAUAAAGUGAGCUCUCUUGGUCAAAAUUCAAGAAAGGAUACAUACACAAUUCAAUCAGCUCAACAGAGCCAUAUGGGAAAAUACUGGUGUGAGGCGGAGGCCGAAGGAAAGAGGAUUAUGAAGAAAAACAGUGACAAUGUGCCAGUGACUGUGAAAGAAUGUCCUAAGGCGACAGUGAAGGUGAAGAAUGAGAAGAUUCCUGUGUACGUUGGAGACACAGUGACCAUGGAGUGCCUCAUUGAGAACUCCUUUGAAGGAUGGAAAUAUCGAUGGUACAAAAAGAAUCAGCCAUUCAUGGAGCACCAGAUUGAAUGGUAUACUCAUCAGACAUAUACAAUCCUGUCUGUGACUCAAUCUGACAGUGGAGAGUACUGGUGUAAUGCUUCUAGAAAUGACUCUCCUCGCUACGCACAGUCUAGAAGUCCCCUUACUCUGACAAUUCAGGAAUGUCCAAAGGCAACAGUGAAGGUGAAGAAUGAGAAGAUUCCUGUGUACGUUGGAGACACAGUGACCCUGGAGUGCCUCAUUGAGAACUCCUUUGAAGGAUGGAAAUAUCGAUGUUUUGAUUUGCUCUUUCCUGUAGAAUGUCCAAAGGCAACAGUGAAGGUGAAGAAUGAGAAGAUUCCUGUGUACGUUGGAGACACAGUGACCCUGGAGUGCCUCAUUGAAAACUCCUUUGAAGGAUGGAAAUAUCGAUGGUACAAAAAGAAUCAGCCAUUCAUGGAGCACCAGAUUGAAGGGUAUACUCAGCGGACGUAUACAAUCCAGUCUGUGACUCAAUCUGACAGUGGACAGUACUGGUGUAAUGCUUCUAGAAAUGACUCUCCUCGCUACGCACAGUCCAGAAGUCCCCUUUCACUGACAAUUCAGGCUAUGCACAUAACUCUGAAAUCUUCUCCUGGCUGGUCUGUAAAGGUGGGAGACUCCCUCAACCUGACUUGCACAUGGACUGGAAACCAAAGCUCUGACCCAACACUCCACUUCAGCUUCCUUAAAGAUAAUGUGACUGUAAAGAACAGAAGUGCUUCUGCAGUGUAUAACAUCAAACAGUGUGAUAAAAGCCACGCUGGGACCUACAUGUGUGUUGCAGAAUCACCAGGCGGAGGAAAAAUGUACAGCACAGAGAUGGAAAUUGAAGUGUGGGGGUCUCCUCUGACUGCUGCUUUAGUCAGUAUUGGACUUGUUCUGUUUUUGCUGGUACUUCUACUGCUGCUAUUUGUAUACCACAAGACUCGAGGCUUACCAUGCACUUGGAGUAAGAAUAUCAGGACAAAACAGAAGGAAUCUGAUGUGAGUACCCCUGGUGAGGGUGGUAUUAAGAUGGACUCACUGAAUAAAGAAGAGGAAAACUCAUCAAUGGUCUACUCUGAGCUGGUGUAUCUUCCUGACGAUAAGAAAAAAGGUAAUUCUACUGCUGAGUCUAGCACUGAGGUUGUGUAUUCAGACCUUGUAAUAGAAAAAUUAAAAAAGAAGAAGCCAGGGAAAAAGCCAGCAAAGACCUUGGAAAAUGUGUACGCUGAUGUCAUGUUAAAUUAUGCCACAGAUGACACUGCUGCAAAAUUUAAUAAUGCUGUCUUUUCAAAUGCUGUACAAGAAAAAGUACAGAAGAAGAAGAAAUACGGACCUCCUGCAGUUGAUCCCAGUGCUCUUUAUGCUUCAGUUCUCCCAAGAAAACACAAGAAGUAGCAUGUUUUGGUUUCUGGUGUCAUAUCUGUGAGACCGCAGACACCUCAAGGUCCUCAGCUGGCAUGCCUCUAGUUGUCAGCCAUUUCUGAUACUCUAAACUGACCAGUUUUUGUCAAAUGGAGGAGCAAUCUGGAGCUGUGGUGUCUCUGUAAUGAAUGACAACAGCAACAACAAUAAGAGAAAAGAAGAAAUCAACACUUUGGAUGAGGACAGACUCCAUUAGUGCAACAAAAGUGAUCAAAUCUUAUUCACGUGAAGUCUUCACACCAAAUUCAAGUUUGAUUUUUGAAGUUUUCCCAAAAGCUGCUUUCAACCAAACUGCCAGACAAACCAUUCUAUAGAUUAAAAUUUUUCUUUGGUCAAUAAAUAUAUAAGUUUCUUCAUGGCAAAUUAGGCAUUCCUUUAUUCAUCCCUUUGUACAACAUUAUUUAAUAUUAAUAUGUUGGUUUCUGUUCUUUUAAACUAAUGAUGUCUUCUUGCAAAACAGAUGUCCUACUGUAAUAUUUGACCUUGUCCAUGAAGAUCUCUGCUUAUGAAAAAUGACUAAAAUUAGGUCUUCCAUUUUCGUGCCUCAUUAUAUACUUGAUUGAGUAGAGGAUUACAUCCAUCCAUCCAUCCAUUUUCCAACCCGCUGAAUCC